CUUGCCGGGGUUGCCCCCCUUGGACGCGGAGCCGUUUCGCUUUGGGAAGUGAGCGGGGGGCGGCGGCGGGACGGGACCGGCCGCGCCGGGCCGGGGGCAGCGGCGGCGGCAGCGGGGCCCCCUCCGGUCCUUCCGGCGGCCGCAUCCGCGGGCACCCGGUGCGGAGGGGGGGGUGGGGAGCGAUCGCGGGCCCAGGCCCCGCCUUCCCGGGGCGCCCCCGCCGCGGCGCUGCCCUCCGGGCCUGGGCCCCUCGGAUGAGGCGGUGAGGCCGGGCCGCGUCCCCCUCCCCUCCCGGUGCCCGCCGCCCCGCUUCCCUCGUCCUUCCGCCUCCUCCGGGGCCUCCAGCCGCCGCGGGGCCGCGCUCCCCUAUGUAGGAGCGGGGGGGGGGGAGGUGUCGGCGGCAGGGAAGGCCAAGGCCGGGGUGAAUGGUGCGAGGGGCGGGCGUGUGAGGAAGUUUGGGGGUUUCGGAGGCUUCUCCCCCCUCCCCUGGCUGGAGCACGGUGGAGGAGGAGGAGGAAUGCCAAACCCGGAGAGACAUGGGGGCAAGAAGGACGGGGGCGGCGGGGGGUCCUCGCAGCACGCACCCGGCGGCGGGGGUUCCAACAGCAAGGAGAGGCACCGGCCGACCUCCCGGCACAAGCGGCACAAAUCCAGGCACUCCAAGGAGUCCCCGCUGGCGGCCCAGGAGGCGGCGGCACCCUUGGGCGCGAUGAUCAAGCCGCUGGUGGAGUAUGAUGACAUCAGUUCGGAUUCGGAUACCUUCUCAGAUGAUGUGGCCCUCAAGCUGGAUAGGAGGGAGAACGAGGAGAGGAAAGCGGACAGGAGCGAGAGGAUCCAGAAGCACCGGCACCACCAGCACAAGCGCGUCCGUGAGCUGAUGAAGAGCAAACAGGCGGAGAAAGAGAGGAAGCUGGAAAAGAGCCUGGAGGCAUCCAGUAGGUCUGGGUCCACCAAGGAGAGAAUAUCGGGAUCCUCCAAGAGACUCCUGGAGGGUGAGGAGCAUCCCAAGUCGUUGUCCUCAAAGAGUAGCAACAAGGAGUCCCGGUCAGCCAAAGCGCACAAGGAGAAAUCCCGGAAGGAUCGGGAGCUCAAAUCCAGCCACAAAGAGCGCAGUAAAAGCCAUCGGAAAAGGGAUGCUCCCAAAAGUUACAAAACCAUGGACAGUCCCAAGCGGAAAUCCAGAAGUCCUCACAGGAAAUGGUCCGACAGCCCUAAAUUGGAUGACAGCCCCUCAGGAGCCUCCUACAUCCAGGAAUACGACCUCAGCCCUCCCCGCUCUCACACAUCCAGUAACUACGAUCCCUACAGGAAGAGCCCCGGCGGCUCCUCGCGCCGGCAGUCCAUCAGCCCGCCCUACAAGGAGCCUGUGGCUUACCAGUGCAACACCCGCUCCCCCAGCCCCUAUGGCCGGCGCCAGAGGUCCAUCAGCCCCUAUAACAGGAGGCGCUCGUCCAGCUACGAGAGAGGCAGCGGCUCCUACAGCGGCCGGUCCCCGAGCCCCUACAGCCGCCGGCGCUCGAGCAGCCCCUUCGGCACCAAGCGCUCCGUGAGCCGGAGCCCCAUCGCCAGGAAGUCUGUGAAGUCCCGAAGCCGAAGUCCUGCUUAUUCAAGACACUCUUCAUCUCACAGCAAGAAGCAGAGGUCGGGGUCCCGCAGUCGCCAUUCCAGUAUCUCCCCCACGAGGCUCCCGCUGAACUCCAGCCUCGGGGCAGAGCUCAGCAGGAAGAAGAAGGAGCGAGCGGCGGCGGCGGCGGCUGCAGCCAGGGUGGACGGGAAGGAGGCGAAGGGCUCUCCCGUGUUCCUGGCGAGGAAGGAGAACAGCCUGGCCGAGCUGAGGGAGCCUGGGGCAGAGCCUAAGAAGGUCGUCAAAAGCGUGAAAUCUGACAAGUCGGCUGCAGAGCCAGAGGCAGUGAACUUGCCGCACGCGAACGCGGAGCCGAAAGCCCCUGCAGAGACAACGAAAGCCAAGGUGGAGGAGAACUCGGAGAGGAAACAUCCUGUUCCGGUCAGAGAUCCCAAACAGACGGGAACAAAGGACUUGAAGCCUGUAGCAGUGGUAGAGGACCUCCUCUCUCCAAAAGAGACAGACACAGCAGAGAAGGAGCUUCCACCCCCACUACCCUCCAUCAAAUCCCCUCCUCCUCCUCUGCCCACAACCACCCCACCGCCUCCAACCCCGCCGCUGCCGCCUUUGCCUCCGUCACCUGCAGUUCCACCUUUGCCACCAUCCCAACUGCCUCCCGUUCAGGUCCCUGCUUCAGCCCCAACAUCUUUGCCAUCUUCUUCCCACCCAAGGACGUCUACUUUAUCCUCUCAGGUGAACUCUCAGCCCUCUGUCCAAGUCGCUACAAAAACACAAGUGUCUGUGACGGCUGCUAUCCCACACCUGAAAACUUCAACGUUGCCUCCGCUUCCGCUCCCCCCUAUUUUAGUUGGGGAAGAUGACUUGGAUAGUCCAAAAGAGAUUCUUCCUCCAAAACCUGUGAAGAAAGAUAGAGAGCAGAGACCACGACACUUACUCACGGACCUCCCGCUCCCCCCAGAGCUCCCUGGAGGGGAUCCAUCUCCUCCUGACUCCCCGGAACCAAAGGCAGCCACACCACCUCAGCAACCCUUCAAAAAGAGACCAAAAAUCUGUUGUCCUCGGUAUGGGGAAAGGAGACAGACGGAAAGCGACUGGGGGAAGCGUUGCGUGGACAAGUUUGACAUCAUUGGGAUUAUUGGAGAAGGGACGUAUGGGCAGGUGUACAAAGCCAAGGACAAGGACACAGGGGAACUGGUGGCUCUCAAGAAGGUGCGGCUGGACAACGAGAAGGAAGGUUUCCCCAUCACAGCCAUCCGCGAGAUCAAGAUCCUGCGGCAGCUCAUCCACCGCAGCGUGGUGAACAUGAAGGAGAUCGUCACGGACAAACAAGAUGCACUGGAUUUCAAGAAGGACAAAGGUGCCUUUUACCUUGUGUUUGAGUACAUGGACCAUGACCUAAUGGGGCUGCUAGAAUCUGGCUUGGUACAUUUCUCAGAGGACCAUAUCAAGUCUUUCAUGAAACAGUUAAUGGAGGGGCUGGAUUAUUGCCACAAGAAGAAUUUCCUUCAUCGAGAUAUCAAGUGCUCCAACAUCUUAUUGAACAACAGUGGGCAAAUCAAACUUGCAGAUUUUGGACUCGCUCGACUCUACAGCUCAGAGGAGAGCCGUCCAUACACCAACAAAGUCAUUACGUUAUGGUAUCGACCUCCGGAGUUGCUGCUAGGGGAGGAGCGUUACACACCCGCCAUAGAUGUGUGGAGCUGUGGCUGUAUCCUCGGGGAACUGUUUACAAAGAAGCCUAUUUUUCAAGCCAAUCUGGAACUGGCUCAGCUUGAAUUAAUCAGCCGGCUCUGUGGGAGCCCCUGUCCAGCAGUGUGGCCAGAUGUCAUCAAGCUGCCCUACUUCAACACUAUGAAGCCGAAGAAGCAAUACCGGAGGCGCCUGCGAGAGGAGUUCUCCUUCAUUCCUUCAUCUGCUCUCGACCUGCUGGACCACAUGCUGACACUAGACCCCGGCAAGCGCUGCACGGCAGAACAGGCCCUGCAGAGCGACUUCCUUAAGGAUGUUGACCUCAGCAAAAUGGCCCCCCCAGACCUCCCGCACUGGCAGGACUGCCACGAGCUGUGGAGCAAGAAGCGGCGGCGGCAGCGGCAGAGCGGGAUCGCGGUGGAGGAGCCGCCGCUCUCGAAAGUUUCUCGCAAAGAAACUACCUCUGUUACAAGCACAGACACUGUCAAAAACAACAGCAGCCCUGUGCCCCCACAGCCUGCCCAGCUCAAAGCAGAGCCUGGUGCUGCAGACGCAGUAGCAGGCCUUGGAGAGAUCACCCAGCAGCUGAAUCAGAGCGAACUGGCUGUUUUACUGAACUUGCUGCAGAGCCAGACUGAUCUGAGUGUCCCACAGAUGGCCCAGCUGUUGAAUGUCCACUCGAACCCCGAGAUGCAGCAGCAGCUGGAGGCUCUCAACCAGUCCAUCAACGCUCUGACAGAAGCCACCACUCAGCAGCACGAGUCUCAGGCGGCAGCAGCAGCAGCAGCAGAGGAAGCCAUAGAGGAGCCACCCGCGGAGGCGCAGCUACCCGAGGAGCAGGCGACUCCAGAAGCAGCCAGUGCUCAGGGAGACAUGCAGAACGUGCUGGCUGUUCUGCUGAGUCAGCUGAUGAAGAGCCAGGAGCCUGUUCUGACCCUGGAGGAGAGCAACGGGGAGAAGAGCAGUGAGCAACGGGGGCCGAGGAAAACCCCGACAGUGCAGCCGGAGGAGAGUACAGAGCAGGUAGGAGGCAUGUUGCAAAGACCUGUUUGUAGCAGUGAACUCUUGGAUUUCCUUUCCAAAGCAUGUCCUCCUCGCGUUGUCCCACCAGAGAAGAGACCCCCCGAGCCCCCCGGACCGCCGCCGCCGCCGCCUCUCUCCGAGGGUGACCUCUCCAGUGCAGCCCAGGAGCUGAACCCGGCCGUGACCGCUGCUCUCCUGCAGCUCUUUUCCCAGCAAGAGACGGAGUCGCUCGGCCACACGCCGCAGGAACAUCAAACCUCCAGAGCCACAGACUAUGGCAGGUCCCACCCCAGCAGGACUUACAGCACCGAGAGUUCCGAGGGGGGAUUUGGUGCCGAGGAGCUGAAUUCAGGCCAGACGCUACUAGAACCUUCUGCCCAGCCUCUGGGGAAAAGCAGGACCUUCUUGGGCUCCGUGAGCCACCUCGGGGAGACGAGCAGCUACCAGGGCACAGGAUCUGUCCAGUUUCCAGGGGACCAGGACCUCCGCUUCGCCCGCGGCCCCGUCGCCGUGCACUCGGUUGGGCAAUCCUUCACCAAAUCCGAGGGGAGCAAUAACACACUGGUCCAUCCAGAGGCCAAAAUCCACAAUUACAGCGAGCUGGGCCCGGCGCCGGCCACUUCCAGCGGGGCAGCAACAGGUCACAACUGGGGUGCCCCAACCCAGGCGACUUCUUCCUAUGGGAAGACGUUCCGUGGCUCUGGUAGAGUGCCUCCGCGGGGAGGACGGGGCAGGGGGGUUCCCUACUGAGCUGCCCCCGUCCCCCCCUCCCUCACCUCCACCUUUAGCACCACGACUUCAGUUCUUUGCCUAGAGCAAGGUCUCUUCUGCAUUUCAGCUGCUGCAAAGCUCCCUGUUGUUAUUCCUUGCUAGGCUGCCACCGGGCACCCCGGGACUCGCUGGAGGGUCCCCACUUGGGUGCCUUUGCGCUUGGUUAGUGACAAAACUAAACCCCCAAAUAGGGGGUGAGCUUCCUGCCCUAAUUGGGGGGAGUCAUUGCAAAUAGGAGGGAUGAAACAAAACCCGAGCAUGGGGAAAUAGGAAAUCACUAAAUCUCUCACUAGUGCUUCCCGGGGGGGGAGCGCGGGGCAGGGUUCAGGUAAAGGGCUUGGGGGGGGGAGAGUGGUUCCCAAAGUGAGGAUUUUGGUUUUUCUUCCCAAUUCCCUUUAGAAACAAAAGAGGAAAACAAUAAAAAAAGGGGGAAUCUAUUGCUGGGGAGUGGUGAUCCCAGCGGUGGAGAGCCGGGAUGUGGCGCUGGCUUGGACUCACUUGAGCCAGUGUUGCUGCGAGCUCCAGCUCCAGGGUCCAUCUCAGUUGACUGUAGCCUUAAUAAAUUGGCUUCUGGGGUUUGUACCUUUCCUGCUGCGAGUUUCCAGUGGGAAUUGUCUUUUUUUUUUUUGCUUCCUUUUUCUUUUUUUGCAGAGCCGAAGCGAACACCUCGCUCCCCAAUCCCUCUUUCUUUCUCAUUUCUAACUUCCAAACCACUUGAAAGAAAGGAAAAGAAAACCAAACCCAACUGCUGGUGGCGAAUCACCACCACGUAGGAGCAUCUUUUGGACCCGGUGGGCCGGGCUCCCUGAGCAGCAGCUCAGUCCUUGGAGGCUUUUCCAGGCAUCACUGUAUCAUUUCUAGAAGCAUAUAUAUAUAUUUUUGUUGUGUUCAAGGAAGUCUUGACGAUGGGUUUUCUCCUCCCGCAGAGCCCUGCGCUGUUGUCCGUUUCAAUGACACUUAAAAAGAGAUGAAUAAAACGAAGGUACACGUUGAUGA